AUGGAGUCUUUGGAGAAGAAUCAAACAUGGGUUCUGGUUAAUCUUCCAAGAGUCUUAAAGGCGAUUGGUUGCAAGUGGUUCUUUCAGAAGAAAGAUGGCGAGCAAUUCAAGGCAAGUGCCGGUCAGAUUCUCGAUGCGGCUGGUCUCCAGGACGGCGAUCAUCUAAACCUCCUCGAUUGGAGCCCUAGCCGCAACCUGGCGAUCGUCCUCGACGACGUCGUGCACUCUCUGAACCCUGGCACCUCCGCUCAUGAGAUCGUCUUCGACUACAUGGGCAGUUCAAUUUCGAGCCUCAGCUGGGCUCCCGACGGCCGCCACCUCGCCGUUGGAAUGCACGAUUCGCUGAUUUACAUAUGGGACGUCGAACGAAAGUGCCCGACGAGGACUUUGAGAAAUGUGCACUGGAGAUCAUCUCGAGUCGGGUCUCUGGCUUGGAAAUGUGACAACAUACUGACCUCAGGAGGCUCAGACGGCAGAGUUGUCAACAGCGAUCCCAGGAUGCCGUCUGCAGCCCACGUUGUUCAAAGCUACCGAGGACACGGGCCCGGCGACAUUUGCGGGCUCAAAUGGUCACCUGAUCACGCAAGCUUCAAGCAACUAGCGAGCGGAGGCAGCGACGGCCUGGUUCAUGUAUGGGAUGCUCGCAAUCAGAAUCAGUGGGCUUUUCGUUUCAAGGUUGCUGCUAGAGAUGCUUCUGUCAGGGCCCUUGACUGGUGCCCUUUCAAGGGUUGCUUGCUGGCCACAGGGGGAGGUGUUGGAGGGGACGGCAAGAGCAACGGAUCGAUCAGGUUCUGGAGCACGCAAACCGGUGCUUGUGUGAGGUCGGUGAAGACCGGCAGCACCCGAGUCUGUGCUCUGAUGUGGAGCAAGAACAGCGAGCAGUUUUUGAGCUCGUGCAGCGGUACCGAUCAGGAUCACAUGACUCUCUGGGACUACCCAUCCUGUGUUAGGACAGGAGAGCUUGUGGGUCACGUCGCCCCAUACUUAGCUUUGAGCCCAGAUGGCACCACGGUUGCAUCGGCUACGGGGGGCAUCGACUCAACGCUGAGAUUGUGGAACGUUUUCCCCCCAGUUCCCAAGCCCACAUCUAGAGCUCUCUUCAGCGGUUCGUAUCAUGCGCACAUCAGGUUUAUCACAAAUGCAAUAAGUUUCAUAUAUAGUACGGGUUAAGAACUUUGUUAGUCUAGCGCUAUCAGUAGGCAAGGCUUGGAAUUUGUAGAAGUUGCAGAGGACUUUACAACUACAUGAUUUGUAGUAGUUGCAGAGGAGUUUACAACUACAUGGACCAGUAUCCCUCCAGCAACCAAACGAAAUGCAACGAUUCCGAUUACUCGGGUUUUCUUGCAAGCUAAUUACUUUUUCAUACUGCAGUCAACAGCGCAUCCUUGAAAGAAAAGUUGUGAGCAAGUUUCCAGUAUUUGCGGAGGCUCUUGUGUCUGUCGCCUUGAAUUUCCGUCCUCCGUGUUUACUGAUUUUUUUAAUUAAUUGAGUAUGAUUGUAAAUUUAUAAUGCGACUUAGUGUAAUUGAAAGUUCUUUUUUUAAGGAUGUAAUAAAAAUACACUUCCGAGUUCCAUGGUUUA